CAUGAAUUUUAGGCGAGCAAGAAGAGUCGAGAGCCCUUUUACCAAGAAGCUGCAUUUCAAAGAAACGCGAAUAACCGUUUUCCGUUCGAUCAUAACCUUAACCGUCAGAAACGUAUGCGUUGAUUUCGAAAGAGAAUAAUAAUCGUUAUGCACGCGUGCAACACAUAGGUAGUUACUGUUAGUAACCGCCUAAAAAUUAACCGAAGGCUGCGGGGAGAUCCCGCGUGUCGUUUGCAUCAUUCUCGAUGCCAGCUGAUUCUCUGACAGUCGCUCAUCUACUUUCGAGCGGAAUCGACACGACGCGUCGUCCCGAUCAAUUCGCGGCCGCGUUUAAAAUGCGACCAUCGAUCAACGGAACACUUGUAAAUUAAUUGCAACCGAAAACACUCGUGAAACGACCACGGUGAAAUCGUCGUCGUUGCCGUCGGCAAAUUUAUGCGAACGGUUCAUUAAAAAUUCUCGAUUUGUUUCCUUUUUCGUCACGUGUCGCGCGCACGAUAAGAUAAAUUAUUGCUACUGGAAAACAAUUUAAACGCGAUCGUAACCGUUUCCAGGAAUGGUGUAGUUUCUACUUUAUUUUUCUACGGUGAAUCGAUGUUUCGACUCUACCGGGUGCCCUUGAUUAAUUAAUUGUCGCCGCGGGACUCUCAGGUUUUCCUUCGUGGCACUCUGGUUCGCGGCUAACCGCGAAGUGAGAUGAUAAGCAUCGACGGAUAGACAGACUCGUAGCAUCCAUAUUAAAAAUAAUUAAACCACGGAAACGCUUUCGUUUUCCACGCAUUAUGGGACUGUGCAAAAUGUGCAACUGCUGCUCGUGCUUCUCGCGAUUCAGAGCGGUGUUUAGACCGGAAACCGUAACCGACAGUCCUCUGAAGCCGAUAUGCACCAAACCGGAGUGCCUUCCACGACCACCUGCUACGCCUCUCUCAGGGGAGGACUACGACGUUCCAGUUCUGACGGUUUCCGGCGUGGAUCCGUGCAUGGCGGAGAAUGGAGACAAACACUGGACCUCGAGAUACGACUUGAUGUCGAGGGAUGACAACCAGGCCAGGCUAGUCGUCAGACGGGGACAGGAGUUCUACUUGCACCUGACUUUGUCCAGAGACUACGAUCCAAACAUCGAUGGUAUGUCGUUGGUUUUCACGUUGGACGGGAUCGAGAAACCGCAGUACGGUCACGGGACCCUCGUCGCGACGCCUGUGCUUUACCCGGGCGAAGUCUCCGGGGGCUCCUGGCAAGCCACCGUCGACGCCGUUCAACCUAAUUUUCUACGAUUAAAGAUCGUAGCGGACCCGAACGCGAUAAUAGGCAAAUGGAAGAUGGACAUAGACACCAAGAACAGGAACCUGGAGGGGGCAAUCAGCUACACGAUGAAGAAUCCGUUUUACUUGAUCUUCAAUCCGUGGUGCAUAGACGACGUAGUGUACAUGGAGGACGAAGACGAGAGGCAGGAGUACGUGUUGUCGGAGGACGGUUUGAUAUGGCGGGGAAGUUACAAUCGCCUGAGACCGACGGUUUGGAAAUAUUCGCAGUUCGAGCGAGAUAUAUUGGACUGCGCUCUGCAUCUGAUGACCGAAGUCGGGAAAGUUCGAACAUCUGGCAGAGGCGACCCCGUCGUCAUAUCUCGGAUUUUGUCCGCGGCUGUGAACUCUCCGGACGACAGCGGGGCGGUGAUGGGCAACUGGUCCGACGAUUUCGGCGGAGGCACACCACCGACCAAGUGGAUGGGCUCCCAGAGGAUCCUCCAGCAAUACUACAAGACCAAAAAGCCGGUCAAGUACGGUCAGUGCUGGGUGUUCGCGGGCGUCUUGGCCACUGUUUGCCGGACCCUGGGUCUUCCUUGCCGCGUGGUGACCAAUUACGCCAGCGCCCACGACACCCAGAGCAGCUUGACCGUCGACUAUUUCGUCGACGAGGAGGGGAAAAUCAUGGAGGAGCUGAACAGCGACUCGAUAUGGAACUUCCACGUGUGGAACGAGGUUUGGAUGAAGCGAAUGGAUUUGUCGCCGGAUUGUUCCGGGUGGCAAGUGAUCGAUGCGACUCCUCAGGAGUUGAGCGAAGACGCGUACCGUUGCGGGCCGGCGUCCGUGGCCGCCGUGAAAAAGGGCGAGGUUCUCCGUCCUUACGACAACGGUUUCCUCUUCGCCGAGGUGAACGCGGACAAAGUGUUCUGGCGGUACAAUGGACCGACCCAGCCGCUCAAGUUGAUUCGAAAGGACGUGUACGGGAUCGGCCAAUUCAUCAGCACGAAAGCGGUCGGGAAAUGGGCGAGGGAGGACAUCACUCAUAUGUACAAGUAUCCCGAAAAAUCGGACGAAGAACGAGCUGCCAUGCUGAAGGCGUUGCGUCAAAGCCAGUCACUGUUCAGUCGUUACUAUCUCAACGAGGAGUUCAAUGAUAUUAUGUUCGACUUUGAGCUUCGCGACGACAUCGUGAUUGGACAACCGUUCAGCGUGGUGUUGCUGAUAAAAAAUAGAAGCAGCUACAACGAGUACCGGGUGUCCGUGAUAUUGAGGGUGGAAACGGUCCUCUAUACCGGUCGUGUCGGCGAACCGGUGAAGAGAUUGAACGUCGAUCGAGUGGUGAGACCGUCGGUUCUCGACGAGGUGCGAUUGGAGGUCUCUUGGGAGGAGUACGGGCCCCGAUUGUUGAACCAAUGUGCGUUCAAUAUCUCCUGUUUGGCCAACGUGAGGGGCACUAAUUACGAGUACUUCGCUCAAGACGACUUCCGCGUGAGAAAGCCGGACAUUAAAAUCAUGCUGGAGAACGCCCCGGUGGUCGGUGAGACGUUGAACGCGAAGGCCAGGUUUAGGAAUCCGUUGCCAAUCCCGUUGAAAAAGUGUAGAUUCUUGAUCGAAGGGCCAGGCUUGGACGAGCAAUUGAAGCUGAAACUGACGGAAACGGUGGAGGUGGACGCCUACGCGGAGUGUUCGUUCUCCAUGGUGCCAAAACACGCGGGUCGCGCGACCAUCGCCGCGAAAUUUUACUCGAAGGAGCUCGAGGACGUGGACGGUUUCAUCAACUUUAUGGUGAAACCGUCUAAACCUAUCGCGAACGGCGACUAAUUCCACG